AUGACACUGGACGUCAUUUUGCCCUACCUCGUUCAUCUCUUCAAGGCUUGUGUCAACCUCAACCACCACCCCGAAUGCUUCAAGGAGUCCUACACUGUGGUCUUGAAGAAGGAAGGAAAGGACAACUACACGUUACCGAAGAGUUAUCGGCCUAUCGCCCUCCUUUCUUGUGUGGCUAAGGCUCUGGAGCGAUUGGUUGCGGACGAUCUUCAACGCCUCGCACUCAAAUACGGCCUCAUUCCUCCCACGCAGUAUGGGUUUGCUGGGAAGAGUUGUACCAAGGCACUAGAGCUGAUCGUCAACACCGUCCUCAAUGGCUGGUGCGCGACUACUACAACGGACAAGAAGUGGCGGACUACUCUCGUAGGUCUCGACAUUUCAGGUGCCUUCAACCACGUCAACCGUCAGGAAUUGAUCAAGGUUUUCGCCGAAAAGGGCAUACCGCUGUGGGCUUUGCGAUUUGUGUGGUCAUUCUUGUCGGAUCAAUGCACUUGUGUCAAGCUUCCAGGACACACCUCGGCGAAGUUUUGGGUCAAUGUUGGGAUUCCCCAGGGAAGCCCCCUCUCGCCCAUCCUUUUUACGUUGUUUGCCGCUCCCAUCCUGGAUAUCCUGCAGCGCCAGAAUCUGGGCCGGAGCCGAAUCCUUCUUGGCCUUUCUUACGUCGACGACACCUACAUCAUGGUAUGCACCGAUGACUGGGAAAAGAAUUGUCGCAUUUUGGAGGAGUGUCAUCAGAAGAUUGUGGACUGGGCUACUCCCCGUGGUCUCCGCUUCGAUCCUGCGAAGUACAACGUCAUGCACUUUCGCAAGCCCCACGGCGAUUUGAACGCAGCGUCUGCGCCCCAGAACAUCCCCAACCUACCAUUUCUGACGGAAGAAAACCUGGUGAAAGAGACGGACGAAGGUGGCCUUCGUAUUCUUGGCGUUCAGGUCGACCAUCAGUUGACUUGGAAAUGGCAAAUCGACCAGAUCGAGGAGAAGGUCCGCAAGAAGCUGAACCAGCUGAAGCGCAUGUCGACAUCUGUCUCGGGGCCGAAUCUCCUUCACAUGAGGCAGCUGUACCUCUCCACCAUCCGUCCCAUCAUCUCCUAUGCCUGCCCUGCCUGGUUCAUGCUUGGCAACGACUCCUCCAAGACCUACAACUUUCGACAACCCUACAUCCAUCGCCUGGACAAUCUUCAGAACGAAUGCUUGGUCACUGUCGCCGGUGCCUACAAGAAGGCGCCCACCGUCCCGCUCCGCAAGGAGCUUCACGUUGACCCAAUCGCCGUCUACUUGCAGCGAGUCGCCAUGUCACACCGUGCCCGCAAUAUUUUCACCGAUGACUACGACCUCAUCAACACCACUUCGUUCCCAUUCAAGAGAGAAAUGACCUUCUUGAAGUCCCAUCCAUACAAGAUCGAUUACGACCACGCCCGGGAACUCGUCGAGGAGGCGGAGCAGCAGCUUCGGGGGUCGAAGCCUGGCCUCGCCGACGCCACUCUGAUUGACAUGGAUCCUCGCAAGAGGAGUCAAGUCAUCAACCGGUACAUCCGCGCGCAAGCGACGCUCCUCAGUGAGCAUCUUUGGAAGGCAUAUCGCGACCGUCCACGACCGUCUCGCACGGUCGCCUACGGCCUCAGAGGCCGCCCUGUUGCCGCUGAGGGAAAAUGGGGCGCUUUCAACCUCAAGCGGUACAAGGGCCUGUCUCGGGCGCAGUCCUCCAUUCUGAUCCAGUGCAGGACUGGCUACAUUGGCCUCAAGGCCUUCCUGCACCCGAAGAACGAAAGUUCAAUGCCACAUCCACAUUCGUCAUUACCCUUCCACACUUCGGCUUCAGUAGUCGGGGAGGAUCACGGCGAUCGCCGCGAUUACCUCAUUUUUGUAUUCUUCGAAGUGAGUUGUCUUCUUCUACCUGUCAGACCAAAGAGCUACCGCUUCAACAAGUUUAUCCAGCUCGUCGAGCUCAUCCUGAACCUCUUCCAUCUUCUCGUUGUCUCUGAGCAUCUUGUGGAGUUGCCGCCAGUCGGCUCGGUGCUUUUUGAUGCUAGGCAUCUUCUUAUCGGAUUGGAAGAGGAGGAAUGCGGCGAUUCGGCAGAUGAACCCAUGUUCUUCCUCCUAUAUAAUCUCAGUCAUCUGCAGGCCAUUGAGGUUAUUGACAAUAUUCUUGCGAACCUGGAUCGAAGCUUUCCUGGUUAUCAUAAACAGCAUCACGAUGCAUACGAUGAAACCGACUCCGCCAGUCUCGAUGUCUCUGGCAUAUUGCAGAGAGCUGAUCUUCAGCCCAUCGAUCUAAACCUGAGCUACACUUGCAAGCUUGUGGCGCAAGAAAUGAGCGGUGUCGCCCUACGAACCAACACAGUCACUUUCUCGACAUUCACUUCGGCUGAGCUUCGCAUCCUCGCCGCUCGUUUUCACAACUUGAUGGUGGGACGCUUCGACGGCGACCGAAAGGGAUUGCUGAAGUUCGCUGGUCACGCUAUUUCAGCGGAGGCAUGUCGGCAGCUUAAGGUCAAAUUCCCUCAAUUCAGCCAGCUUCUUGAUCGAAUGAUGCGACAAGGCGGAGCGCAUCACAUGUGGGGGACGUAUGGCGAGGUGCCCUCGGUCUACCGUGCUUUCCAGAAAGACGCACUCUUGGCCAUCGCUCGAUCUGAAACCGGCCGUAAACGGCUUGAUCGUUACUGGUAUGAGAAGCACGAGAGGUGGGCUCCCCAUAUACCUUCGCUUCUCGUGGUCCGCUGCAAUAUCGAGCACUGGGCUAUCCCGUCCAUGCAAGACAUGCAGUAUUUGAGUUCCUGUCAGAUGAAAGAUUCAGACUUUGUGUCAAGGGCCACCCGCCUCCGGGAUCGUACAAACUACCGCUUCUCGGCCGCAGCAGCUGCAAUUCACGUUCUGCAGUCUCUGCCUCCUACCAUACGCAAGCAACUGCGCCGCGUGGUCUUGGAAGAAGAUCGGGAAGCGGUGGCGGAUCCACAGUGUCACGCAUUGGGGUUGAUUCCGUUGUGCCAAGAGAACCCUCUGCUUCGCGUGGAACGCCGCGUCAACUUGUGGAGGAAUGCAUUCCAGCGCGACGGAUAUUAUCGUUGGUCCCCGGAGUCGCGAUACAAAGCCAAGUACCGUCACGUGCCCUGGGCUAUGGAUUCAAACCUUGAGACGCUCUGGGCUAUGGAUUCGGCGCAGGUCACGGCGAACGUCUCCAGCUGGGUUGGAGAAGCCUUGGCCCUCGAACCCGCAGGCAUGCCUCCGGGGGCAUUCUCGCUGGUUUUGGAUGGCGAGCCCGUUCCCUGGCAAAGCACGCAAGUUUUCCAACGGAUUGUCCAGCGAGAUGCGGCUUGGCAGGAAGCAUGGAACCAAUCCCUCGACUGUGGUAUUCUUCCAGCCCUGUCUUGGUUUGACAGGAAAGGAGAGUCAUGGGGUCACCAUGCGCCCGACUGGGCCUUCGACAACUGGCCGCAAGCUCUGCGAGAUAUCGCAGAGGGCACCUCCGUCGUGAAAUGCAACUUCGACGUCGGAGAUCCGUGGAGCGUUGAGCAGAUUGUCGACGAACACCGGGGAUGGACGAUGAAUCAGUGGACGGAGGAGCUGGAAAAGCCCGAACCGCUGGCCUGGGAGCCCGAUGCCCCGUUGCCCGGCUGGAAGGAAAUCAUAGAGGAGGACCUCGUUUACGUGGAGCCCGAGGAUGAUGUGUCAUCUGCAAACUCUGAUGAUGAGACGUACUCCGACGAGGAUGAUAGCUAA